GUCUUUGCAAUUGUUGCAUACACCAAGCUAGCCAUGGCCGAUUUCAGCCCCCUACAGUACUUGUAUCUCAAGACUAUUAUUUCUAUUAUGCGGUUGCUAGCGUACCCGUUCAUGCGAUCACUAUUCAAGGCGCCAAAUUCAAGCACCAGAAAACCUAUACAGAUCCCCACACGGGAUCCAACUCGCUUCCUCAACGCAUGGAUUCAUCACCCGCCUGACGACAGCGGAAACACCCCCCGUGGGGUUGUCAUCAACUGGCACGGAAGUGGGUUCAUCCAGCCGAGCCUAGGAAUGGAUCACGAGUUUUGCGACAGAAUCGCGCAGGAAGCCGGCGUUUUUGUCCUGGAUGCAGAUUAUCGCAAAGCACCGGAGCAUCCGUUCCCAGCUCCCGUAGAAGAUGUGGAAGAUACACUGAGGUGGAUUGAGAGCCAACCCGAGCGUUUUGAUCUGGAUCGAGUAGCUGUGUCUGGAUUCAGUGCCGGCGGCAACCUGGCUUUGGUUGCGGCAUCUGAGCUCAGAAGGCAUAUCGAGGGAAUCAACAUCAGGGCAGUGUAUGCGUUCUACCCUCUCGUGGACCUUGCGCGCGACCCAACUCUCAAAACCGUACCCAAGCCUAUCAAUCCAUUUCCUGUUUUCGUGCUCCGGAUGUUCAACACUUGCUAUACGCCCGACAGCGAGGUGCGGAAAAACCCCAGAGUGUCGCCUAUAUAUGCCGACCCUGGCUUGUUCCCUGGAACGACCAUCAUCUUUACUUGUGGCGGGGAUAACCUGAGACCCGAGGCCGAAGAGAUGGGUGAAAAAUUGAAGACAGGCGGCGCCAAUGUUGAGGUUGUCCGGCUUGAAAAUGCGGCGCAUGGGUUCGACAAGGCCGUCAAACCAGGAUCCGAUAUCUUCGAACAGAGGGAGAUGACGUAUUCAAAAGUGGUUCAAAGUCUUAGAGACAACUUCAAGGAAUGAAGCCUUUCAUUGGCAAGGCGCAUUCUGCAUGUUGGGCAAGGGAUCGAGUUGAGAUAUGCCAUGUACGGGGGUGAAGAGCAGGGCUAGUAUAUGAUCAAGGUAUCUUAACCUCACCGUCUCAGUAUUGCUGCACAUAUGGAAGGGUAACAACCUUAACGAGGCUGGUGGUUCCGGCGGCUCGUGACUGGAAUCGGUAUCGUCCCUGACCUACACAGAGCUAGUCAAAUGAAAUAUUGAUAGC